ACACCAUCUCCACCACUUCACCCACUCAUCCCACGAUGUCGACUUACGCAGCACCAUUAGAGAACACACGAAAUGUCACGAUUGUCGCCCAUGUCGACCAUGGCAAGACGUCGUUUGCGGACAGCCUCUUGUCCAGCAACAACAUCAUUAGCAACCGCAUGGCAGGCAAGCUCCGGUAUCUCGACUCGCGCGAGGACGAGCAGGAGCGCGGCAUUACAAUGGAGAGCAGUGCCGUUUCCCUGCGCUUCGACAUGAUGCGCGCUGGCCCCGAUGGCCCAGUGGCAGCCAAGCAUAUCUGCAACGUCAUUGACACGCCUGGGCACGUCGACUUUGCGAGCGAGGUGUCUACGGCGUCACGACUGUGCGACGGCGCGCUCGUUCUUGUGGACGUGUGGGAGGGUGUGUGUACACAGACCAUCGCCGUGCUGCGGCAGGCAUGGAUCGACCGCCUCCGACCGCUUCUUGUCAUUAACAAGAUGGACCGCUUGAUCACCGAGCUGCAGCUAUCUCCUAUCGAGGCGUACCACCACAUCUCGCGGUUGAUCGAGCAGGUGAACGCCGUCAUGGGCUCGUUCUACGCCUCGGAGCGCAUGGAAGACGACCUGCGAUGGCGCGAGGCGCGCGAAAAGCGGCUCAAAGAGCGCGCGGACGCCGCGGCGGCCGGCGACGCCCCAGAAGGUGACGGCGGCGACGACGAACACGAGUUCGAGGAACGCGAAGACGAAGAUAUCUACUUCUCGCCUGAACGCGGCAACGUGCUCUUCGCGUCGGCGCUCGACGGCUGGGCGUUCCGCCUGGGCAAGUUUGCGCGCCUGUACGCCGACAAGCUCGGCGUCAAGGAGGGCAACUUGCGGCGCGCGUUGUGGGGCGACUGGUUCUUGGAUCCGAAGACGAAGCGCGUCGUGGGCCGCAAGGGGCUGAACGGGCGCCCGCUCAAACCGCUGUUCGUGCAGUUCGUUCUCGACAACAUCUGGAAAGUGUACAACGUCGUCCUCGAGGAGCACCAGUACAAUCCCGAGGCGACGGGCAAGAUCGUCAAGGCGCUCAACGUGCGCGUCGCCCCGCGCGAGCUCAAGUCCAAGGACACGCGCAACCUCCUCACGACCAUUAUGCAGCAGUGGCUCCCGCUCUCCACCGCGACCUUCCAAGCCGUGGUGGACGUCGUCCCGCCGCCGAACGCGGCACAAGCCAUCCGCAUCCCCUUCAUACUUCAUCCUGAGGCGGCACGCGCGUCCUCGACGCCCCUGCAGCCCGUCAACGCACUCGAAAAAGCACUAUUUGCAUGCGACCAGCGCCCCGACGCCCCGCUCGUCACCUACGUCUCCAAGAUGUUUGCCGUGCGCCGCGGCGACCUCCCGCAGUUCAAGCCGCGCGAGAUGACCGCCGAGGAGAUGCGUGCGCGCGGGCGCGAAGAGCGCGAGCGCCGCACCGCGCUGGCCGCCAAAGGCGAAGUGGUAGACCCCAACGAGCUCGCCAAGCCGCUCGAGAGCCUGACGCUCGCGCCGCCGGAGGAGCCCAAGCCCGCCGCCGACGCCGACGGCGAAGUCCUACUCGGCUUCUCGCGCGUAUUCUCUUCCGUCCUCCGCCGCGGCACAACCGUCGCCGUCACCCUGCCAAAGUACGACGCCGAGCUCGGCCCCGACCACCCCCGCAACGCCAAGCAUCUGCGCACAGCCACCGUGUCCGAUCUCUACAUGAUGAUGGGCCGCGACCUCGUGGCCGUAGACAGCGUGCCGGCCGGGCACGUGUGCGCCGUCGCGGGCUUGGACAAUAUCGUGCCCCGCAACGGCACGCUGUGUGCCGCCAACGCUGGCGGCGAGGCGCCGGGCACCGCCGGCCUUGUCAACCUCGCCGGCGUCAACAUGCUCGCUGCGCCCAUCGUACGUGUGGCGCUCGAGCCUAUGAACCCAUCCGACAUGCCCAAGCUCAUCGAGGGCCUGCAGAUCCUGAACCAGGCGGACCCCUGCGCCGAGUACGUCGUGCAAGAGACAGGCGAGCACGUCAUCCUCGCUGCGGGCGAGCUGCAUCUCGAGCGGUGCUUGAAAGACCUGCGCGAGCGGUUCGCCAAGUGCGAGAUCCAGGCGAGCGAGGCGAUCGUGCCGUUCCGCGAGACGGCGGUGAAGGCGCCGGACAUGGCGCCGCCCAAGACGGCGGGCGAGGCGCGCGGCACCGUUCUCGGAUCGCUGUACGACGGGCUGGUGACGUUCAAGCUGCGCGCGGCGCCGCUGCCCGCGCCCGUGACAGAAUUCCUCCUCGCGCACCAAACCACGAUCAGGGACAUGCUCGUGCGCCGCAAAGAGGAGGACGAGGAGGAUGCGGACCAGCGCGAAGCCGAGGCGGGCGUGCGCACGCUCACCCCCGAGCAGUUUUGGACGGAGCUGGCGGCGCGCUUCGACGCCGCCGGCAGCGAGUGGGUCGGCGCAGCCGACCGUGUCUGGUCCUUUGGCCCGAAAAAGGUCGGCGCCAACGUCCUCCUCGACCCGGUGGGCAAGGGGGGGCUGCGGCUGCGCGGGCGCGAAGCGGUGUUUGCCGCGGCGCGCGAGCGCGGCGAGACGGCCGAAGAGGCGCUGGCGUCCGCCGAAGCUGCGGCGGAUGCGGAACGCACCGCCGCGGAAAAGGAGAAGGCGGCGGCCGAGGCAGCGGAGAGCGAGGCGGAGCUCGCGCGCCGCCUGCGCGACUUUGACGCGUCGAUCGAAGCCGGCUUCCAGCUCGCGACGUUCCAGGGCCCGCUGUGCGCCGAGCCUGUCGUCGGCAUGGCGUGGGUGGUCGAGGAGCUGGUGUACACGCCGAGCGAGGGGCGGGGCGCCGCCGUCGUCGGCGCGCUCAUCUCGGGCGUCCGCGACGCCGCGCGCGCAGGCAUGCUCGACUGGUCCCCGCGCCUCAAGUUGGCCAUGUACACGUGCGACAUCCAAGCGUCCACCGAGGUGCUGGGGAAGGUGUAUGGCGUGGUCGCGCGCCGCCGCGGCCGCAUCGUCGCGGAAGAGAUGAAGGAGGGCACGGACUUUUUUACCGUGCGCGCCCUCCUCCCCGUCGUCGAGAGCUUUGGGUUCGCAGACGAGAUCCGCAAGCGCACGUCCGGCGCUGCCAGCCCACAGCUCGUGUUCGCCGGGUACGAGGUGCUCGACCUCGACCCGUUUUGGGUCCCGACCACCGUCGAGGAGCUCGAGGACCUUGGCGAAAAGGCCGACCGCGCGAACGUCGCCAAGGCGUAUGUCGAUGGAGUGCGGAAGCGUAAGGGCAUGUUUGUGGAGAAGAAGAUGGUCGAGUUUGCCGAGAAGCAGCGCACGCUCAAGCGUUAGCGGCGCCGCGAGCGGAGCGGGGGCACGGGGUCAAGUCCUGACGGCGUCCAUACUCGGCGGCCCCGUGCUUGGCAUAGUAAGAUAUUUAGACAUGCAUGCUUGGCACUGG